AUGGAAAAUUUUAACACCAUAUUGACUGAUAAAGAUAGACAGAAUGGUAGCACAGUGCACGCCGAGGAGGGAAUGGGGAAUUCACCUCUCAGCAUCAAAUUAGCAAAUGACACACCUAGGGGGGCUAGACCUUUUCGAUUUCUCAAUUAUCUAGCACAACAUAGAAGUACCAUUGAGGGUGCUUGGAUAAUGAAUACCAGUGGAACAACUAUAAGGCAACUGUGGUUUCGGCUAAAGCAUAUCAAGGAGGGAUUGAAAGCACUGAAUUGUCAAGAGUUUAAACAAGUGUUUGAAAAGAUUACAAAGUGUAAAGAGCAGUUGGCCAAUAUACAAGUACAAAAAAGAGAUCUUCAUCAAUACAAGACUCUCUUCCAACAAGAAAAAGAACUUAAAUCCAACCUUGAGACAUGGACUAACAUAAAAGAGAGCAUACUAAAACAGAAGUCUAGGGUUCAGUGGCUUAUACUUGGUGAUUCUAAUAGUGCUUAUUUUUUUGCAAGUAUAAGGAGAAGGAUUAGUCAGAAUACCAUAAUCAGCUUAGUUAAUGAGCAAGGUGCUGCUAUUCAGUUCUCAGAUGGUAUUGUUCAGGAGGUCACUCACUUUUAUAAGGAAUUGUUGGGUACAACUGUUAUACAGAUGCCUGCAUUGAUAGCACCAGUUACUCGAAAUGAGGUGAUCAUGGCUCUUAAGGGUAUUGAUGACGCAAAAGCACCAGGAUGUGAUGGAUAUAAUGUUAUGUUCUUCAAGGAAGCUUGGCCAGUGAUUGGUGAGGAUGUAAUUACAGCUGUUCUUGAAUUUUUAAGACUGGAAAAAUGA